UUGUUUUUAGUAGGAGGCCCAAAUAUUUAUUAAACAGCAAGAUACUGACACGUAAGACGCACACGUGUUUAAUUGAAAGAAAGAAAAAGAAAAUCUCAGUAUGAAUCUACUGGCAAGGUUUCCGCUGCCUCCGGUGAUUAUAAAUCGGCAAAACAGAAUUCCCGUUCCGAGAGCUAAGUCCAUCGAGUCAUCGUCGCUCAUGGAUCAGCCCAAGAAGGUCAUUGUCUGCGGCGGCGGAGUCAUAGGUGUUUGCACUGCUUACUUUCUAGCUGAGAAGGGAGCCGCCGUCACGCUCAUCGAGAUGUCCGACGUGGCAUGCGCCGCUUCUGGAAAAGCCGGCGGAUUCCUCGCCUACGACUGGUGCGACGGAGGACCGUUGGAGGAGCUAGCCCACGUGAGCUUCAAUCUCCACCGUUCACUCUCGGAAAAACUUGACGGUCCUCGAUCUUACGGUUACAGAGCCCUAACUACUCUGAGCCUCACCGUAAAGGAAUCCGAGCGCGCUUCUGCUUCGAGGUUCCUGCCCUCUUGGAUCGACGGGCCAGCUCGUAGUCCCAAAACGAUUGGAAACCCCGAAACGACGGCGCAGGUGCACCCGCAGCUUUUCACCCGCACGGUCAUCGAUAGAGCCGUGGAGAUGUAUGGGGUGAAGGUGGAGAUUGCGAAAUUGGAACGGGUGGAGGUGGAAGAAGGACGUGUUGGAUCAGUUGUGCUGGAAGGAGGACGAGAGUUGGAAGCGGACGCUGUAGUGUUGGCAGUGGGCCCGUGGUCCAGUAAGUUAGGUUUGAUAUCAUCGUUGUUUAGAGUUUAUGGGCUUAAGGCCCAUAGCAUUGUUUUGGAGCCCAGAGACGGCAGUUCCAUAACCCCCCAUGCUCUCUUUCUGAGUUAUCAUUCCUCCUCCGGAGGAGGAGCUCUUGACCCUGAAGUCUACCCUCGCCCAACAGGGGAGGUGUAUGUGUGCGGGAUGUCGAAGGAGGAAGAGGUACCGGAUGAUCCUGCGGAGAUAAGGGGAAACCCUGAAUCGAUUGCGAUGCUUAAGAGGGUGGCUAAGACUGUGUCGAGCCAUCUUGGGGAAGGAGAGGCCGGUCUGAAGGCAGAGCAAGCCUGCUUCUUGCCCUGUACUUAUGAUGGGAUACCAGUGAUAGGAGAGGUUCCAGGGGUGAAGGGCUGUUACGUGGCAACAGGGCACAACUGUUGGGGUAUUCUCAAUGGUCCUGCCACUGGAGCUGCACUUGCUCAGCUUAUUCUUCAUGGUCAUUCCGCCAUUGUUGAUCUUAAGCGCUUUAGUCCCUCCAGAUUCCUUCUCCCCUCAAACCCUUAGAUACUCUUGCAGGAUCACUCUUUUCAACUCUUCCUAAUUUUCAUCAUCAAAUAUCUAUGUAACUUCAUAUAAAACAAUGAAAAGCGUUUAUGAAGAA